UGUUCUUUAAAGGAAAUGUCAAAAAAAUUAUUCGUAUUGUAUUAUUUCUUUAUUGAUCCGAAAAUACAAAUAUCUGCGAUGGCGGAGACCCUGGGACUGGACUGCUUGGUCAACCUAGAUAGUGUUAUGAUUUAUCAGAAAGUUGACUAUGGGGAGGUUUUCUUGGGAUUUUCUAGUAACCGAAGAUAUGCCAUUAAGAGUUCGCCGAAAGACCAACCGAUUCUCUACGCCGUCCAGGACAAUGGAUUUUGGACGCGUGAAUUUGGAUCCAAAUAUAACAUGACGAUCAGAGUGAUAAACGCCUCGAAAAAGGACCUCAUGGUCGUGUCCAAAGCCAAGCAUCACGAAUGUUGCGAGGGACCCAAGUUGGACGUCUUCGUGCCACCCGGAAAUAAAAUCGGUUGGGUUAGGUACCACGAGGGCUGUUGCUGGGAUCACAUGGAGAUCCAUGAUCCCAAGGAAGCGCUCCUUUACAAGGUCAUACCUUAUAGCUCUUUUAAAGACAACAAAUUUAAAAUCGAGGAUCGAAAUCAUAAAGUUGUCGGCAAGAUUCUAAAAAAAUAUGCCGGAUUCUUUCAAGAAGUGUUCACAAAUGCAGACAACUUUAAAGUUGAGUUUAAGGAUGCUGAUAUACGCACCAAGGCGCUUUUUCUGGCCACGGUAUUUUACAUAGAUGCUAUUUUCCAUGAAUGAAGCAUGAAUAAGUAAAGCCCCUGGAUCUAUUGUGAUUUAAUAUUAUUAUAUAUGUCUAUACUUACCUAAAGAAGUUGUACCUACUCAGUAAGACUGCGAUUUCCAAAUCCUGUAUGUGUUUGUUCAUCGCUUAAAAAUAAAUUGUAUAUCUGAUUGAGAAAUUACCCCAA